AUGUAUCGAGCAAAACGGCGGAUGAUGGUGUCGAAUAUGGGGUGUCUGAGUGCAUAUGCAUAUGCGCAGUCCUUUUAUGGAACACCGUGGCAUUUCAUCGACUACAAUGGAUUAAAGAGGGCCAUCCCUAUCUGCAUCCCUAUUUCCUGUGCCUCCCCCUUUUCCGCUGCUCUCGCGGGUUUUGCUCCAGGUAGCAGCAGUACUUGGCUCUCGGGGACAUGCAAGUACCCGGUACCUCAGCCCGCCGCCCAUCUGCCGCAGCUGCUCCGCCGGCCUCUCGCUGAACUCGCACCUCACCAGCGAUUCGAUUCGCAACUCUCGUCGUCAAAGGCUCGUGCAGCUCGCCGCUUACUCGUCGCCAGAACCCCCGUUUUUUCUCGUGUGACGCGGGUCGCAAACUCGGUCGCAACCUCGAUCCGCAGCCCUCCCGGACGUCCUGCGGCACAGCUUGCCCCGAUCGUCAUCCCGGCGCCGGCACGCCUUGGCCCUCCUCGAUUCAGGGAGCUUUCCGGCGUCCCGACUGUCCAGGAUCAUCGUCCCUGGCCCGGUGGUUCGGCACCCCUCCCCUCGUCCAGGCUCGAGUGCUGA